CUUUAUUAUUAAAUAAAACGGAAGAUAUAUCUAUUAAUGAUAUCUACAGUUUGGCCCAGGACUGUCUCAUUUCAAAGGAUUAUCGUCCCAUAAAAAAAAAACCAUUAGAAAUUUCAAUAGAAAAACAAAAUAUCGCGCCUUUUUCUACUGACAAAGUUGUUUGACCUACUAUAAAAAAUUAUUUAGCAAUUUAUAUUUUCCGCUUUAAACAAACCAUUAAACCAUUUUAAUCGAACCGAAUAAAAACAAGUUUAUAAAUUCUGAACGAACCCAACACAAUCCGAAGUAAGUUUCCGAACGUAGCAAGGAAAUGUCAAAAUAAAUGUGACAUAACCAUUAACCACAACGGCGGAUCGCACUUAUCGCACAGUGUCGUAAUAAUUUUUGAAAAAUACCUAAUAAUUUAAAUGUGAAAGUGCCACAAACCCCCAUAUAACAAAAAUGUCUUACGCAUUAAUCCGCCACUUGCGCCGAACAGCGUUAAUAUCACAUCAAAUUCGCCUAGAAUCCACCAUGACCAACGUAACUCAGGAAGACUUUUUGAUUCGACCUCCGUUCGCACAAUGGACCAAAGUUAUAAGAGAAGCAGAAAAAAUAGUUGGAUAUCCGACCUCUUUCAUGAACCUGAGAUGGUUAUUGAGCGACGAAUUCGCUAAUAUGGCUAUGCAUUUGCGCAAAGUAGUUGGCAGCAAUCACCCAAUCAUACAAACAGCUAAAACAGUCCUCUACAACGAGCACAAUAAUCUCCAACCAUGGGGUCUGGUCAUCCUACUACUCUCCAAAGCUAUCAGGCCUCCACAAUCAAACUCCAUGCUCCAUACCUCGUCAGAGCAACAGCGGACACUUGCAGAGCUCACAGAAAUGAUCCGUACUGGACAUUACGUCCAUCGAGGCUUACUAAACAUAGAAUUUGACAAGCGAGGCAAAAAUACCGAAACAUCCAUGUUUGCCAACAAAAUAGCACUAUUAAUUGGUGACUAUUUACUUGUGACAGCUAACGGUAUGCUAGCGCGAUUAAAAAACCAGGAUUUAUCGUAUCUUAUAUCAACUGCGCUAAGAGAUAUCAGUGAAGGAGAGUUCUACGGUGAACGGGAUAAACAGAACAUGCCGUUGCCAGGAAAACCAAACCAAGUAGGAGCAGAUGAGUUUGAAAUCUGUGCCGACACAUUACCUCUAGCUACGAAAGAUGUUUCAGGAUCACCAAUUAAAGAGUGGACUUUACGGACUAUGUAUAAUGGUGGAUCUUUAUUUGGUAGAGGUUGUCAAGGAGCACUGCUGCUAGGAGGCCAGGACUUAACCGAGCAAGAGAAAGCUUAUCAAUUUGGUUGCCACUUAUGUUUAGCCUGGCAAUCCGCUAGCGAGUUACAAAAGUUCACAUCCGAAAAUAAGGAGUCAUUCUCUUUAGCAAGUGCACCUGUGUUAUUCGGUUUAAAUGAAAAGCCAGAUUUAUAUAAAAUCAUAGAUAAUUCCAAAGACAAUGUAGCGGAUGUAGACUUCCUAUAUUUGAAGGAGGAAGUGUUAAAGACAGACGCAUUGGAAAGGACUAGAUUACUUCAUAUAGAAAAUGCUAGGAAAGCUGAGUAUUUUGCUGACAUGUUUGGUGAUAAUGAGUCAGUGCUUACAAUUAAAAGGUUAAUAAAAAAUCUAUAACUAUGAAAUAAUUAUGUAUGUGGGAAUCUUGUGUGCUUAGUAUACGGUAUACAUUUCUAUAAUGAGUUAUGUAGUAUGCACAAAAUGGUACAAAAUUAUGUUUUAUUGAUUUAAUAUGUGCUAUGCCUGUUAAUUGUUUUGUUUACAUUGUACAAAACCUCGAAACUAAUAUAGAACGUUAAAGAUUUAUGCGUUAGGCUGUCAUUCCAUUGAGGUCGAGAUAAGGUGAGAGGAAUCAACCGAAAGCAUCGGUUGUUUUACACAUCUCUUCUCUGCUAAUGGUUGAUUCCUCUCAUCACCGGUCGUCUCCGCCUCAGUGGAUAAGCAGCCUUAAGUGUAGUAUCAUAGGGUCCACAGUCUACUCAUACUACUCGUUCAAAUGUUGCUAAUUAAAUGUUAUUCCGUUUGUGUUUCGUUGGUGUUAGUAAUGUUUGAUUUUUUAAAUUAUAGUAGUGGCUCUGUAAGCAGUAGACCUCGCGAUAGCUUUAUAAAAAAUAAGGUCAAAAACUUACAAUAGUUUUAAGCUCCAUAGACCCUAAUGGCGCUUAAGUCAUUUGUUUUGGAAAAACCUAAACUACAAAAAAUCUAUGUACAGUCGCCAUCAGAUAUAUUGGAGCGGCUAAGGUGCUCAAAAAUAUCUGAACACGCACUCUAGCGCUUUGACAACAGAGGCGUGUUCAGAUAUUUGUGAGCGCCUUGGCUGCUCCGAUAAUGGCGACUGUAAUUAUCACUGACAAUGCGACCUGUGGAGGAGAUCAUCCGGACAUACAAAAGCAUUUUUACCCAAGCUGAAAUGGAGACCUCUGCUAAUGCUCGGUCAAUAAAUACCUACUAUUUUGUAGUUUUGGGUACUAAAACAUAAAGGGUCUAUUUCAUCUCAAAAGUACCAUAUCAAGACUCUAAUUUCGUGUAGGGAGUUAUGUUGAAGUACAAAUUUCUAGUAUAAUUAUUAGCAUUUUAGUGUUAUUUUAAUGUUAAAUUUUGUUCGGGAUGUUCUAACAGCAACCCUCUUAUUGGUGAACCUUGUGUUCUUGCAAUAAAGUUCAAUUUCAGUUAAUAGGACGAAGGUGUCAAGUAUAGUUCGUUCGCCUUAAGAAUGCAGUAAACCAAUAACCAAUCAAAUCGUUAUAAAAAUAAAAUACCACAGUGACCAAUAGAAGGCAUAAUUCAAAAUUCAAAAAUUUAUUCUGCAAGUAG